UUUUUUAAUUUUUAUAUCCUCACUCUAUUUUUGACUAAAGGAAGACGCUUGCUUUGCUCCCAUUCCUCUCCGCUGCUUCACGCUUCUCUUCACUUUAUCUCUCCAAUUAUUUGAAUUUCCAAAAACCUCUCCCAAAUAUCUCGCUCUCAAAAUCAUUUUCUCUAAGAUUCUCCAGUUGGUAAAAAUGCCGGAGAUUCAGUUGGGCGCCCAUACAUUCAGAAACCAGGGAGUGGAAAUAGCAAGGUUUCACAUGCACGACUGGCUUAUUCUCUUCCUACUUGUGGUGAUCGAUAUAGUUUUAAAUGUGAUAGAACCGUUUCACCGUUUUGUUGGAUCUGACAUGAUGACAGAUUUAAGAUACCCUUUGAAAGACAAUACCAUUCCCUUUUGGGCUGUUCCUAUUAUUGCCAUAAUCUUACCUUUACUGGUCAUACUUGUCUUUUACUUCAUCAGAAAGGAUGUCUACGAUGUGCAUCAAGCUAUAUUAGGAUUGCUGUACUCUGUACUCAUCACCUCAGUUCUUACUGAUGCAAUCAAAGAUGCAGUUGGUCGACCCCGUCCUGACUUCUUUUGGCGGUGUUUCCCUGAUGGAAAAGGGGUGUUUGAUACAAUCACAAGCAAUGUCAAUUGUACUGGCUUGAAAAAUGUUAUCAAAGAAGGACAUAAAAGUUUCCCAAGCGGACAUAGUUCUUGGUCUUUUGCUGGUCUUGGCUUCCUCGCCUGGUACCUGUCUGGGAAAAUUAAGGCAUUUGAUCAAAGAGGUCAUGUUGCUAAGCUUUGCCUUGUUUUCCUGCCCUUACUGCUUGCGGCAUUAGUUGCAGUUUCCCGAGUAGAUGAUUACUGGCACCAUUGGCAGGAUGUAUUUGCUGGAGGUCUCCUAGGAUUGACUGUGGCUUCAAUCUGUUACUUACAAUUCUUUCCCCCACCAUAUGAUAUAGAUGGUAGGAUGCCCCAUGUGCAUUUACAGAGGCUGGCAGAACAGCGCAGUGGUACACAGUCUACGGCGAAUAAUCCAGGUUGUCUUACUAUAAGGCAGCACGAAGUUGACAGUGUGUAUGCUCAACCUCAACAUGGCAUUGCCGUAUCAGGACUCAGUGCACGCGAGACCGGACCAAUCUUCGAUGAUGACAUUGAAAAUAGCAGAUGGAGGCAUUGACUUCAUGUUUCAUGCAUUAAGUGUAUAGAUCAGAAUAGGUAUGCCGCACUCUGUUAGUUUCGUAGGAUGUGUUUGCUUCUCAUCAAACAUGUGGAUUCUUUCAGGGGUUGCUUGUUUUUCCACUUCUGUGAACUUCUACCCUUGUAGUUUUACAUUAGUUUCUUAAAUUUUAGUAUUUGACUUCACGAA